UCCACUAGUUACCCCAGCCACAAAAUAUAAAUUGGCUUUAUCGUAAAAAUGUAUGAAAACAACCAUUUGCUUUUUGGUUUUAAUUUUAGGGUUAGGCUUGAGAUUAGCAGUCUGGUCAAGGUAAGGGUUAAGAUCACAUUUUAAGAAGAUAAAUUGUAGAAAUAGUCGGGGUUUAUGACUUUGUGGCUGUGUCACCUAGUGACGACCGUUCAAAACACUCGGGAACCGAGGUUGAAUGAAUGGAUCAUUUAAAUAUAAUUGCAGCAACCGGGAAGCAGUUUGAUUUACAAAUUCAUUACUCUUAAAUAUGACUAACUUUAGAAAAGGCUUAUGUGCUCCGCGACGCUCGAUUUUCGACUCGGGGAGCUUAAUGUGACAGGUGUCGGCGUUGAGUCCUUUUCAGCACCACUGCAUCAACAUGGGUGUGAUUGGUGUGCAGCUGGUGGUUACCAUGGUAAUGGCCAGUGUCAUUCAGAAGAUCAUACCUCAUUAUUCCUUCGCAAGAUGGCUUCUCUGCAGUGGAGGUCUUCGGUGGUACCAGCACCCUACGGAAGAUGAGUUGAGGAGCCUUGCUGGAAAACAACAAAAAACAAAGAGCAAGAAGGACCGGAGGAACAAUGGCCACAUAGAUUACAAGCCUCUGACCAUUCCCAAGGACAUAGACCUGCAGCUGGAGACCAAGUGCAUCACAGAAGUGGAUACGUUAGCGUUGCACUACUUCCCAGAGUUCCAGUGGCUGGUGGACUUCACGGUGGCAGCCACAGUGGUGUAUCUGAUCACAGAGCUGUACUACACUGUGGCCCAGCCCUCAGGAGAGAUGAACAUCAGUGUGGUGUGGUGCCUGCUGGUCCUUGCCUUUGUCAUUAAGACUCUGUUCUCCCUGACGGCCUUCUACUUCAAGCUGGAGGAGGGCGGUGAGCGCUCGCUCUGCAUCACCUUCGCUUUCUUCUUCUUCGUCAAAGCCAUGGCCAUCCUCAUCGUCACCGAGAACUACCUGGAGUUCGGCCUGGAGACAGGUUUUGCAAAUUUCUCCGAAAGUGCCACACAUUUUUUAGAGAACCAGGGGUUGGAGUCCCAGGGUCCCAUAUCUAAACUCACCUUUAAGCUGAUCCUGGCCCUGCUCUGCUCUCUGAUUGGUGCAUUUCUCACCUUCCCCGGCCUACGAUUGGCCCAAAUGCACCUGGAUGCCCUCAACCUGACCACAGCUAAAGUCACACAGACCUUGCUUCAUAUCAACUUCCUGGCCCCUCUUAUUAUGGUAUUAUUGUGGGUCAAGCCCAUAACCAAGGACUACAUCCUGAACCCUACCCUGGGGAAGGAGAGUGUGCCUUUGAUGACUGAGGAGACGUACGAUACGUUGCGUUUAUGGACCAUCCUGCUGCUGUGUGUGCUGCGCCUGGCUAUGAUGAGGCACCACCUCCAGGCCUACCUCAGCCUGGCCCAGAAGGGCGUGGAGCAGAUGAAGAAGGAGGCGGGACGCAUCAGCACCGUCGACCUGCAGAAGAUGGUGGCCCGUAUUUUCUACUACCUAUGUGUAAUCGCACUGCAGUAUGUGGCACCCUUGGUAAUGUUGCUGCAUACAACCUUGCUGCUAAAAACCUUAGGUGGACACUCCUGGGGUGUGUACCCUGAGGAAGACUUCCCCUGUCCGCUGGACUCUGACCCUGCCAUGGUGGCAGCACCAACUGCAGCUCCAGGGCCGGAGGUGGAGGCCCACCUGUCAGUGGCUCUCGGGGGCCUGCGGACAGUGUUCACACCCCUGCUUUUCCGCGGCCUCCUCUCCUUCUUCACCUGGUGGAUCGCUGCCUGCCUCUUCUCCACAUCAAUAUUCGGCCUCUUCUAUCAUCAGUAUCUUAUGGCGGCAUAGCAGCAUUGCCCCAGGGUCAGUGUGGUGUCCCACAAGGCUCUGUUCUAGGCCAGUUCAGAAGUGACUGAGUUGUCAUUAGGGGCCCUAAUGCUUCCUCCAUGGAUGACUCUAAACCUUGUUUUUUUACAACCUUAUUUUUGAGAGCAGGAUUCACAAAUCCUUACCAUGAGACUAAUGUAAAUGAGGGUAGUGAUAAUAUACACUGAGUGUACAAAACAUUAAGAACACCUUCCUAGGGGCUGUUAUGGUGAUCGUAUUACCGCCACACUGGCGUUCAUGACAGCAGUCAAAUUCCAUGUGACCAUUUAGUCACGGUAACUUGGCUUCUUCAAGCUCUGCUGCUGAUGGUCAUUAGUAGACUACCAAACCUGCUUAAUGCCUGGUACUCAGCACACUAUUGUCACUCUGACAUCAAUACAAAGAAAUUGAAAAUCAAACACUCCAUGUGAGCCCAUGAGCUCAUGUGCAACAUUUCUAUAGGCUAUGCAAUUGCGUGAGAAAACAGAGUUUUGAUGGCCUCUAUUUUUAUGUUAUAUUUCACGUUUAUUUAACCAGGUAGGCCAGUUGAGAACAACUUCUCAUUUAAAAAUGUGAGCAGGCCAAGAUGGAGCAAAGCAGUGAGACACAAACAACAGAGUUACACAUGGGAUAAACAAACAUACAGUCAAUAGAAAAAUCAAUAUACAGUGUGUGCAAAUGUAGUAAGAUUAGGGAGGUAAGGCAAUAAAUAGACCAUAGUGGUGAAGUAAUUACAAUUUAGCAUUAACACUGGAGUGAUAGAUGUGCAGAAGAUGAAAUGUACAAGUAGAGAUACUGGGGUGCAAAGAAGCAAAAAAAAAAA